GCGGGCCCCUUUCCUUAUUGUUUGUUUAGCCUCCACGUGUAUAGAGAUGAGUAUCAACUGCAGACACUAUUGAGCUGAAUUUUUAUAGCAAACCCUGUUUUUAUCAGUCUGAACACUUUACGAUAGAUAGUUAUAAUAUUGUUAUCAUUAAAUUUUCUCGUGGAACCAAAACGAGCGACUUUGCAAAUUUUGUAGCAAGCGCGGAUAGAAUUUGAACUCAAUAUAUAUGGCGAAUCAAGGAAAUAACACAACAUAAAUUUUUGAAUCGCAUACAGGAGAGAACAUUUCAAGCAGCAACGUGGAACAUAUAAUUAUUAUUUCAUAGACAAAUUGUAAGUAAACAAAUCAAAUAAAGUAUUAGACUUUUAAGUCUUAGACUUUAUUUAUUGCUAUUUAUACAGCUUCAUCGAUCUGCUUCAUAGACUUUGCAGUCAUCCUCUGUUACAUUUAACGAAGAACUCACUCAAUAAUGGGGGAUCGAUACACGGGAAUGUUGCCACUUAUCGUGCGCAAGAAAUUGUGUGUUUCUAUAGGAAUCCACAGACUGCUCUCUUUUCCGAAAGAUCUCCUAAAACACGAUAGGCUAGACCUGGUUAAUAAGCUUGCUGCUGCUGGGCUUUACUUCAGUGAAAAUUUCAAGACCAUACACUGCUGCUACUGCUCUCUAGUUAUUCACCUGAGGAACCCUGAAAUACCGCUUCCAGACAGAAGAAUACACAGGCGAUGCAGAGGAAGGAGGAAUGGAAAUUCAAAUCAGCUGUCAGAAUCAACUACGGCUGCCCCAAUGCAUUACGAGAUGCACAGGCUGUACUCCCUUUUGAAGCACACGAAGGCCUGGAAAGUGCCCCCGUAUGAGCUAGCCAAGACUGGGCUCUACAAAACCGGUCGCGACAAUGAAGAUAAGUCAACCUGCUUUUUCUGCGAGGUCGAGUUAAGCGAGUGGGAUCGCUUUGACUCUCCGCAGGAAGAGCACAGGAAGUUUGUAGAGGAUCAUGAUAAACAGUGCAAACUGCUCGACGGCACCGCCGACAACAACGUCCCAAUUGGCGAGGAGAGGGAUUUGAAUCCUAAUGUCAGUCACGACGGUACUCCCAAAUAUCACGGUGGUGCCACUCCUUUCCACACCGAAGGGGGCUCAAAUGAUGACGACCAAGAAAUGGCAAACGAUGAUAACGAAGGAGAACCAGAUAAUGAAGACCAAGAAAGGGCGGGAGACGACGAAAACCCAGAAGAGGAGCACGGCGAUAACGAUGGAACAGAAGGGCAAGAUGAACUUAUGGAUCUACUCUUAAACUGGGCCGCAAAUUAGACAUUCUGAAAAAUUUGCUCAUUUUGUAACAAAGUAAAUACUGCAUAAAAAAUUGAUAUUUUGAAUCAUAAUAAUGAGCUGAAUGUAAAAAGCUGUUGAAUAAAAAUAAACUCCGUUUGA